AUCACCCAUCAUAGCGCCCGCCCAGUGGGUCCCACGUUAGUGCAGCGGGGGACGGUCCCCACGGGCUUCCCGUGUUUCGCAACAUCAAACCACAAUCCAGCGGCUGUGAUUCCCACAUCACGCCAUCCUCCCCCACCCCCUCGCGGACUCCCGGCUCGGGUUAGGGUUAGGGUUAGGGUUAGGGUCUCGUCGCUGUCAACGGCCGCAUCGCCGGCAGCCGUGCCCCUCUCCCCUGAUCGCGAGGAUGUCUGAUGCGAACCCACCGGAGAGCCACAUGUACGAUCACGACGGCGCAGCCGGCGACGGGGUCGCCGGCGACGGUGGCCUUGAGGGCGGGUCCGGGAUAGAGAAGAUGGAUGCCGCUGCAGCGCAGGCAUCGGAUCAAGACCACCUCGCCGACGCCGUCGACGCGGCCAUGCCGCUCAUCAACGCCACCUCGAACCAGCUCACGCUCUUGUUCCAGGGCGAGGUGUAUGUCUUCGACUCGGUAACGCCCGAAAAGGUGCAAGCUGUGUUGUUACUAUUAGGAGGGUGCGAGGUACCAACUGGUAUAGCGGGGAUGGCGUUACCCUGUCACCAGGAUGACAGGGGUUAUGAUGAUAUACUACGACGAACAAAUAUUCCUGCGAAAAGGAUUGCUUCACUGAUUAGGUUCCGUGAAAAGCGCAAGGAAAGAAAUUUUGAUAAGAAAAUCCGUUAUAAUGUCCGCAAGGAGGUUGCUCUCAGAAUGCAGCGUCGGAAAGGGCAAUUUGCUGGGAAGGCAAAUCCCCAGGAAGGGGUGUCUGCCUCAUCAAGUGUAAAUCCUGCUCGGAACUCAACCCAAGAUGAGCCUCCUCGAGAAUCAAAAUGUCAGAAUUGUGGCAUUAGUGAAAAGAUGACGCCGGCAAUGCGUCGUGGGCCAGCUGGUCCAAGGUCUCUUUGCAAUGCUUGUGGACUAAUGUGGGCAAACAAGGGUACGUUGAGGAGCCCUUCUAAGGUGAAAAUGAGUACUCAGAGCCCUACCAAUCCAAUUGAACAUGGUGAAGCCAUCGAUUCAGAAUUGAGGGGCGACAACAAAGCUCUUGUUCAUACAUCAAACAAUCAUGACUUAGUUGUAACUACUGCUGAGAUAGUGGCGGAGGGUAUACCAGCAGGUGGGAGGCAAGAGAUGGAGGAAGACUGCAAGACCGAAUUGUAAGAAGUAUAAAAAUGUAUUUCUACAUUAAUAGAAGAUUUGGGCUUUUCUGGCUUAAUUUAUAGGGAUUGCUUGAUCGAACGAGUGACGGUAUAGGAAACUGCAGCACUCAUGUGAGAGCAUGCUGAUAUCACUGUGCGUGUGAGAUGUACAUCGUGUUACCAGUAUUUUCUGUACUGGAACCUUGCUGAUCUGACAGAAAAUGACCUGCAUUAUCUGCAACCUUUGUUUCUCUUCCCCUUCUUUCGAUACCCUGAGAAUGUUAAUAAUCGCGUUGAAGC